CGCCACCCAGGGACAGUUGGUUCGUCCUGGGAUGAUUCCAGCCCGGAUGCCUCGAGCCCUGAAUCCCUCUAUCCCGCCUCCAAAUGCUGCAGCUGCCGCCGCGGCUGCAGCUACCGCAGCCGCCGCUGCUGCUGCCGCUGUGGGAGGACAGCCUAUGACACAGCAGGUACAGCAGCACUCGAUGAUGUCAUCGCCCUCACCUGUGCAGGUGCAGACGCCACAGUCGAUGCCCCCCCCUCCCCAGCCAUCACCUCAGCCCCCCAGCUCACAGCCUAACUCAGCCAGCUCCGGCCCCACACCGUCGCCGGGGGGGUUCCAGCCCAGCCCGUCCCCUCAGCCUUCACAGAGCCCCGCCAACGCCCGGACUCCCCAGAACUACGGAGUCCCCUCACCUGGGCCCCUAAAUACUCCAGGUACUUACACAAACACAGACGCACCGAUUAAGAGCUACAUAAAUCACAUUCUAUUUAAGUUAGCAUUAGCUUUUAUGCUAACAGUAAACAACUGAAAAUACAUUAACAUUUCUAAUAAAAAAUAGGA